AGCGGCGGGAGAGGCGGCCCGCCUGCCCCCCCGCGCAGGGCAUGGCGGCCCCGGGCCCUCCGCGGCUGCCCCAGCUGCGGCUGGGCCCGCGGCUGCGGGCCGGGCUGGAGGUCGCGCUGCGGGUGCCGAGCCUGUUCCUCAUCGACGCCAUCUUCAACUCGGCCCCGCUGCCGGGCGGCUCCCUGAGCGCCGCGCUGCUGGGCGCGCUGCUGCGGCUGCUGGGUGUCUUUGUAUCCAGCGUUGUUCUGGUCUUACAACAGCGAGCACUUUUCAAGUUCUACAUGAUCGCCUCAGCGUUUCUGCUGGCUGCAACUUCAGUGUUGGUGAAUUACUAUGCUGCUUUGCACAUAAACUUCCACAGUGCCUACUACACACCUGUAUUUGGAAUUCAGAUCUUCCUACAGAAAGGACCUUCGCUAUGGAUGGCACUCUCCAUCCUUCAGCUUACUUUUGGAAUCGGAUAUGUUACACUGCUAAACAUGCAGUCCAUAUACUCUCAACUCAUCAUCCUGGAUAUACUGAUUCCUAUAAUUGGCUUGAUUAUUGAAUUACCUUUAAAUGUCCGGCAAGUACUUGUUUUUAUUUCAGGCCUAGUUCUGACACUAAAUACCACAGCCAUUUUAGUUACAAAAAUGAAGUGGUUCUAUUAUUCGGUACGAUACGUUUAUCUGCUGGUGAGGCACAUGUAUCGUAUUUAUGGAUUACAGCUAUUGAUGGAAGAUACAUGGAAAAGGAUUCGGUUUCCAGCUGUACUACGUGUCUUUUGGCUAACAAGACUUACAGCACAAGCUGUUGUAUUAACAUAUGUUGUAAAGAUGGCUGAAAACAACACGGAAGAAAAAUUCUUCUUAAUAUCGUGGGAUAAUUGUUGGGAACUGAUUUGCAGCCUGAUCAUCAGUGGGUGUGACUCUACUUUAACUGUGUUGGGCAUGAGUGCCGUCAUUUCCUCAAUAGCGCAUUAUCUGGGACUCGGUAUCCUGGCCUUCAUUGGAUCAACUGAUGAGGAUGACAAAAGGCUUGGGUUUGUAGCACCCGUCUUGUUUUUCAUUUUGGCUCUGCAGACUGGUUUAAGUGGACUGAAACCAGAGGAGCGAUUAGUUCGCCUGAGUCGAAACAUGUGCCUUUUGUUGACUGCAGUCCUGCAUUUUAUCCAUGGAAUGACAGACCCUGUGCUGAUGUCUCUCAGUGCCUCCCAUGUGUCAUCGUUCCGCAGACACUUCCCUGUACUGUUUGUCUCCGCUUGCCUUUUCAUUCUUCCAGUUCUGCUCAGUUACAUCCUCUGGCACCACUAUGCACUAAAUACUUGGCUUUUUGCAGUCACAGCGUUCUGUGUAGAGCUUUGCCUAAAAGUAAUAGUUUCUAUCACUGUUUAUAUAUUGUUUAUGAUUGAUGGCUACUAUAAUGUGCUAUGGGAAAAACUUGAUGAUUAUGUCUAUUAUGUUCGCUCAACUGGCAAUAUUAUUGAGUUUAUAUUUGGAGUAAUCAUGUUUGGAAAUGGAGCUUACACAAUGGUUUUUGAAUCGGGAAGCAAGAUUCGCGCUUGCAUGAUGUGUCUGCACGCAUACUUCAACAUCUACCUGCAAGCCAAGAAUGGCUGGAAGACUUUUAUAAACCGCCGAACUGCUGUGAAGAAAAUCAACUCGCUUCCAGAGGUAAAAGGAGCUCGGUUACAUGAAAUCGAUGACGUCUGUGCAAUCUGCUACCACGAGUUCACCACCUCUGCACGCAUUACUCCGUGCAACCAUUAUUUUCAUGCACUUUGUCUUCGGAAGUGGCUGUACAUUCAGGACACAUGCCCCAUGUGCCAUCAGAAAGUGUAUAUUGAGGACAAAGAAAAUGCCAGUAUCUCUAACAACAACGGGUUUGUAGCACCAAAUGAAAAUCCUGUACGGGUUGCAGAAGAAGCUGCUGAUGCUGAAAAUGAAUUAAAUGAAGACAAUGACAGUUCUGAUAGUGAUGAGGAAGAUGGCGACUGUGUGGCACAGCACUUGAAUGAGACUCUUAAUGUUGACUCUAACUCUCUUGGUGAUUAGGAUGUCCUUUACUAAGCCGUGAGGUAUUUGUUCAAGAUUGACUUCAACAGAAUAAAAAUAUCACUUUGUAGUUAUUGUACUUAAGCACAACAGCAGUAUCUCAAUGUUGAGUCUGUGAAUGGUGGUUGUUUACUGUGGUGUGUGCUACUGUAAAUAUACCUCUAAUUUUUGCUGGUCUCUUUCAUGACCACCUUAAAAUUAUGUACAUUAUUGUACAUGGAAUAAAAUGUUUUCACGUUUUUAA